CAGAGAGUCGAUCGACGCCGGGUGUUUCGAUCGAUACCGCACGAGAUCCGUUCCCCUCUCCACUCCACUCCACCCCACCCCACCAUGGUGAGAGUUGCGAGACGGAAAGCCGGACACCGUCUUCCACCGGCCAGGCACCUCGCCGUGGCCGCGCUCGCGGUGGUCCUCGUGUGCAAGCUCGCCUUCGGGGGGGACGGGGACUCCUACUACAAGUACAAGUACAACGCGGACACGAGCACGAAGGAUGCCUCUGCCAGUCCCGCCCGAGGCGGAUCGCCGGAAGUGUCGCCGGUUUCCUUCCGAACCCCGCUCGCCUACGGGACCAAGAGCCUAAAGGAACGCACGGGGGAGCUCGUCGCCACGGCCAUUUCGGAGGGCUUCCGGCACAUCGUCACGGGCGGACACCACUCGUCGCACAACGAAACGGGGGUCGGCCACGGCUGGAAGGCCUCGGGACUGGGCCGGAGCGAGCUCUUUCUCCAGACGUGCUUCGUCCCCUUUGGAAACAGGGCCGAUUUCGCCCCCGAUCCCCUCGAUCCGGAGCAGGCCCCGGAAUCCAUCGAGGAGCAGGUCCGGCUGUCGGUCUCGAUCAGCCUGAAGAACCUCCAGACGGACUACCUCGACGCGCUGGUCUUCCACAACAACAAGGCCAAGCGGUGGGCCGACGACGAGAUCCGCAGGGCCUGGAAGGUCUUCGAGGAGCUCGUCGACGAGGGCACCGUCAAACACCUGGGAAUGACGAGCGUCCACGACCCGGAGUGGUUCGAAACCUUUUGGAACCAGUCGAGGAUCAAGCCGGAGAUCGUCCAGAACCGAUUCCACUCCAACCGCCAGUACGACGUGAACAUGCAGGAGGUCUUUCGCAGGCACAACACACAGGUCCAGCGCUUCUGGCUCCUCAACGGGAGCAGCCGCGGCGGCCGAAGGAGCAAGGACGAGGCCGAGGCCAGGGGGGUGACCCCGGCGCAGCUGAUGCUGGGCUUUGUCAUGUCGAUGGGCUCGCAGACCUGCCUCGUGGGGACGAAGACCCAACAGCACAUGAGGGACGACGUGGAGGUCGCGAGGUGCUACCCGUCGCUCUUCUGGGAGGCCGGCAGCGCCGGGGAUACCGAACGGGCCGGGAGCGACGAGGCCCGGGUCUCGUACGCGGACAAGCUCGGGAUGAAGCAGCCGGGCGACCGGCCCCUGCCCGGUCCGGACGAGGCCGCGCGGGGGGCGAUGGACUACCGGCCCUGUCGAUCGGCGGCGCGGUGAGGUUUCGAUGCGGGGCGGAACGAACAGAACUGCCCGAAGGACGAGACGAGACGAGACGAAACAAACGGGGUUUUUCUUU